CUCGAGUCAGGGUUCCGGUGAUCAAAUGAGUUCAAUUUUGUGAAGUAGUACGCUAUCAAAUCGCAUAACAUCGGAAAUGCAUAUUUCCAACCUCUGCCGUAUGGAGUGGACCUUUUAUCGGUACUCCGGAGUACCACAAUGACACCGCUCCGUUGACAUUUCCUCAACUGUGCAAACCCCCGCCAAUCUGAAUCUGAUUGUGCACGAAUAUGCGCCACCAUGGCUCCAAAUAGGGCGCAGAGUGUCUAAAUCUCUGGUUCCGCAGAUGAAGCCUGAUUCGCUCCCCCACAAUUUCUGCUCCACCAUUGUCGCGGAGACCUUCUCGAUUGGGAAAGUCAGAUAGGGUAUCUAUCUUAUCGCUGUCAAGCCUUCGCCUGGCUAUCGUCGAACCAACGGUUCCUCCAUGGGGUUACCCUUGCCAUCGGGGAAGUUCCUGGGGGACCUGAACUAUGGCUAUGGGGUUUUUAAAAGGGGUGCCUGUCCCUGGUGCCCACUGCUGUACCCUCUUUUCUAAGUACUGAAUUUCCAAGUCUUAUCCGAGACACAAAGAACUAGCAUCAUGGCGAAGGACGACGAUGAUCAGAAAGUCUUUGAAGAAUCAACGGGGGAAGAUGCUCGUCUGGAAAAUUUGGGCUAUGAGCAGGAGCUCAAGCGAACUUUUGGGUUAUUGGGGAUGAUUGGCUUCAGCUUCAGCGUGGUUACUUCAUGGACGGCUCUCAGCGGUGUAUUCAUCGUCGGCGUCACAUCCGGCGGCCCCCCGGUUAUGGUGUUCAGUUUCAUUGGUGUCAGCCUUCUCACAUUGGCAGUUGCCAUUCCAAUGGCGGAAAUGUGCUCCAUGUAUCCUGUUGCAGGAGGCCAAUACUCGUGGGUUGCGGCUUUAGCGCCUCCAAGUAUCGCACGAGGUCUUUCUUACAUCAGUGGUUGGUUCAUGCUCAUCGGCAUCCUCGCCAUGGGAGCAACAAAUAACUCCAUCGCAGCCAACUUCGUACUCGGCAUGGCAAAUCUUGUCUUCCCUGACUACACCAUCGAGCGCUGGCAUACCGUCUUGGUGGCGUAUCUAGUGGCAUUCAUGUCAACAGGAAUCAAUAUCUGGGGGCCACACCUCCUGCACCGCAUCGCCCGAUUUAUCCUGAUCUGGAACGUCGGCUCGUUCCUCAUAACCACGAUUGUCCUGUUAGCCACCAAUGACAACAAGCAAUCGGCAUCAUUUGUGUUCUCCGAGUUCCAGAAUUUCUCAGGCUGGGGAUCAUCAAUGGCAGCCAUCGUAGGUAUUUUGCAAGCCUGUUUCGGGAUGUGCUGCUACGACGCCCCAUCACACAUGACCGAAGAAAUGAAGGCAGCUUCCAAGGAAGCUCCCAAGGCCAUCAUCCUGUCUGUCGUCCUCGGUGCCGUGACCGGAUUUGCCUUCCUCCUGACGCUCUGCUUCUGCAUCGGUGAUAUAACCAACACGGCCAACACAAGCACCGGCGUACCUGUAAUCCAGAUCAUCUACGACUCCACAGGAAGUAAAGUUGGCACUUGCUUCUUGGCGAGCAUGAUCGCGAUCAUUGUUAUAGUCGCCGGAAACAACAUUCUAGCGGAGGGGUCUCGUUCCGUGUUCGCCUUCGCCCGCGACCACGGCCUGCCAUUCUCGCACAUCUUCUCCAAGGUAGACAGCAAGAGACAUGUGCCGGUAAACGCCGUGAUCCUUACUCUCGUCGUGCAACUUGCUCUGGAUGCUAUUGACUUCGGUACAACCACCGGGUUCGAAACAGUCAUUGCUAUCUCCACUGAGGGAUUCUACCUCUCUUACGCCACGGCCCUAGGCAGCCGUCUCCUUGGCUACUUCACCGGUCAUAAGAAAGAAAUGAAAGGCCCCUUUGCCCUGCCCCAAUCCAUGUCUAUUGGCCUUAACAUCCUCGGUCUACUCUUCCUGCUCUUCGCAGCUAUCACGUUUAACUUCCCGACCAAUUACCCUGUUACCCAUGAAUCCAUGAACUAUACCUCUGCAGCCAUUGGAGUCAUUGCAUUGAUUAGUACUGUGACAUGGAUGACAACGGGAAGGAAGCAUUUCACUGGGCCGCAAGCCAUGAGUGUGUUGAAUGCACAUGAGAGUGAUGAGAGGGUUGGUGAUGAUAUGGUUAAGAAAGGAUAGAUUCUACAUUCUGUACAGUAAGGGCAUGUCCAUGCUCUAUCAUAGUUUGCUUUGCUUUUUUAGUGCCCUUCGUCUGGCCUGAUAGAUUGCUCUAGAGAGGCUUAGAAUUAGAAUAUUUA